AACUGGUCUCUCCUUGUCAAAUCGUGAGUGUUGGUCUCCUUUCAUACCGCCUGCCCUUGUCUCCGCCGAAGGGUGCUACAGCUACAAAGUCACUAACGAUAUCCCUAUAUCAAUCGAUUUCCUCAGACCUUACCUACCAGUCAACCGAACACCUACGCGUAAAAAUGGGUAAAAGCCAAUCCAAGUUGGCCUCGGACGAGCUCGCCGAUCUGCAGAAGAACACCUACUUUGACAAGAAGGAGCUGCAACAAUGGUACAAGGGCUUCAUCAAGGACUGCCCUUCGGGUCAACUGAACAAGCAGGAGUUUAUCAAGAUCUACAAGCAAUUCUUCCCCUUUGGCGAUCCUAGCCAGUUUGCGGAUUACGUAUUCAAUGUGUUCGAUGAGGAUCGAUCGGGGACCAUCGAGUUCAAGGAGUUCAUCUGCGCGCUUAGUGUGACGUCGCGAGGUCGACUGGACGAAAAGUUGCAGUGGGCUUUCCAGCUGUACGACAUCAACCAGGAUGGGUACAUCACCUAUGACGAGAUGUUGGCCAUCGUCAGGAGUAUCUACAAGAUGACCGGUCAGAUGGUCAAGCUUCCCGAGGACGAGGAUACGCCCGAGAAGCGAGUCGACAAGUUGUUCCGAAAGAUGGACUUGAACAAGGACGCCAAGCUGAACUAUGAAGAGUUCAAGGAGGGUUCGAAGCAGGAUCCUACCAUCGUUCAGGCUUUGAGUCUUUACGACGGACUUGUAUAAGCCUUGGUUCUGAUAACACUCUCGUCAGGAAAGGUCAACGUCCACUCACACGUCCCACAACGUUAGAACAAACAUCAAAGGAAAUCCCAAAUCUCGUGCUCGGAGUCUGCUCGCUCUUCAGUCUAUACCUUUUUGUCAUUCGGAAGAUCAUCCGCCCUUGUUCAUCGUCUUUUCGCUUGUACUGCCUAGACCACCGGUACUCCUCUUCAGCGGAGAGUGAUCGGUGCCUUAGGUAGUCGGCUGUAUACCCUGUCUUUUACGAUGAACAUCAUGCAUUGCCAUUCCCGGAA